AUGUCUGAUUCUGGAAAAUCCUCACCAACGAAGAAUGAAGAUGUUCCGUCACCACAAGUGGCGAUAAAUGCUAUCCCUCUCAACACCAUACCUGCCAUAAGUCCAACGAUAAGGAGAAAAUCUGUUGCAAAGAAGGAUAAAUCAUCUAGAACAAGUACAAAUCCUUCAUCUCCCUCCGCUUCGAUUAAAGUUUCAAAGCGUAAGAGCAAGAAAUCAAAGUCUGAAUCAAGAAGAAGUUUUACAAUAUCUGAACUGCAUGUUGAUCCACUUCCAUCGAGUGGUGUUGCUACUCCUGUCGUAAAAGCUGCAGAGGUUAAUGUUGACACAUCUGGUAAGAAUUCUCUUAAUCAAAACCUUAAUGUUCCAAAUCCUGGUGAAACCCUAGGUUUAAAAGAUCCUGCUGUGUCUGAAAAAUUGGGGAAAACUGCUCCUAACCCCCCUACUGUUGUUGAUACUAAUAUUGGUGCUUCCACUGAGACCAAUGAGGCUGUUGCUGCUGAGUCUCUCAAGAAAACUACUCCUGAGACUCAUGAAAAUAUUGAGGAUCAUUCUGAGUCUGAUGAGAGUCCUCAACCUAAGUCUGCUGAUAAAGAAACUGUUCCUAAUAAGGUUGUAGAUGAAAAUCCUGAGGUUGUAAUUGUUAAUGAAACAACUGUGAGUGAAAAGCUUGUCAAAGAAUUUUUGAUAAAUGUGGCUGACAACUGUAAUGAUCCUGCAAGCCCUGAAUACAGGCAGGUAUUUGUUCGUGGUAAAUGUGUUAAGUUCUCACCAACUAUAAUCAACCAAUAUUUGCAAAGGGAUUCUGAUGAAGUGACUCCUUUAAAAGUCACAGACAAUGAGGUCUGCAAGGUCCUCACUGGUGGAAGAAUAAAGAUGAUUGCUGAUCUUACUGAGACUAGCAGAGCCCUUGAGGCAAGAAAAUUGAAAAUUGAUCGUGUGAUUGAGGCACUGAAGGCUGAGGAGGCUACUGAGACUGUUGAGGGUGAGCCUAAUGAACAAGAAGGAGAAGGAACGAGUGACUCUGAGGAUGGCUCUGAGGAUAUGUGA